AUGGUGACCGCAUUCCAGUUCUUUCGCGGGGGUGGGUCCUCCUCUCCCGCCUCCUCCGCACCAGGAACCCCCCUCCUCACCUCCCACGUCACCGCAUCCACAUCCGCCGCUACCGCGCCCGCAACACCGGUAUCGGGCCCCACGCCCACGAGCGGGCUUCCGGAGUUCCAGAGCUUGUCGCCGCUGUCGCGGCGUGGGUCCCCGAUCCUGCGGAGCGCGUCGACGAGUAUGGGGGUGUCGACGUCAGGCACUACCGCGACUACAUCCGCGAACGCUGUGGCUUCACCUAGGCCGCAAUUGCCGCUGAACACGGUAGCUGCGGUGAAUAGUUCGUCGGCGUCAAACAUGUUGAGGGCUGUAGCUGGUCAAAGGUCCGAUGACGAUGACCAUUUGACCGGCGGCCAGACCACCCCUCACCCAAGUGGGCUCGACAAGAGAUUGCCGCAGAUCCUGCAUGGGUUUCAACAGGGAAAGGACACGCCCCCAGCGACACCCCGCGGCACCACCUCGGCCGGCAGUGCCCUGAACGGCGCCGCUGCCGCAACCACUGCUACCACCGCUACUAGCAAUCCCACGCCCCCUCCCCCUCCCUCACGUCAGCCUACAGGUACUCUCACGCCUACGUCGGGCUCCACGUCUUCUGGCGCCACCAAUUCGUCUUCUGGCGGUCAGCAUAAUACGCCGACGGUCGGACCCCCGAAGGGCAAGAUGGUGGUGCGCAUCCAGGAGGCGAGGGGCCUCAGGUCGAGUAGGGACCCGUACGUGGUGUGCACCUUUGAGAGUAAUGAGUUCAUCUCAAAGGGGCCGAAGAAGGAUGAGAUGGGUGCCGGAGAGCCGCAGGACAAGAAUGGCGCAUCGGCAGGCAUUGCGAUCCCGAUGAAGAGCCGUCAGAGCUCGAGCACUAGUCUGUCGGAAUUGCAGGGCACAAUCUCGAAAAAAGGAACUACAAAUCCAAAGUGGGAGCACGAAGCGGUGUUUGACGUAAUUGGGGAGCAUUCCGAGAUCGACGUUUCGAUAUACGACCGCUCGAACCAAGAAUGUUUCCUAGGGCACAUCCGCAUGUGUCCAUUGGUCAACAGGGAUCAGAACAUGGCAGAUACAUGGUAUCCUCUACAAGCCCGAGCUAGCAACGAGAGUGUCACCGGAGAGAUCCGGCUUCAGAUUAGCUUCGAGAAGACGACCAAGAAGCAUUACGGGCCCGAUGACUUUGAGGUAUUGAGGCUCAUUGGAAGAGGAACAUUUGGCCAGGUGUAUCAGGUGCGCAAGAAGGACACCAACCGGAUAUACGCCAUGAAGGUUUUAUCGAAGAAGGUCAUCGUGCAGAAGAAGGAGGUCGCGCACACACUCGGCGAGCGAAACAUUCUCGUCAGGACCGCCACCACCGACUCGCCCUUCAUUGUGGGACUGAAGUUCUCGUUCCAGACCCCGACGGACCUGUACCUGGUCACGGACUACAUGUCCGGUGGCGAGCUCUUUUGGCAUUUACAGAAGGAGGGCAGGUUCCAGGAGGAGCGCGCAAAGUUUUAUAUUGCGGAGCUGAUCCUAGCGCUGGAGCACCUCCACAACCAUGAUAUCGUCUACCGGGACUUGAAGCCCGAGAACAUCCUGCUGGAUGCGAAUGGCCAUAUCGCGUUGUGCGAUUUUGGACUGUCAAAGGCGAACCUAUCUGCUAAUGCCACUACAAACACGUUUUGUGGAACGACAGAGUACCUUGCGCCGGAGGUGCUGCUGGAUGAGCAGGGUUACACCAAGAUGGUGGACUUUUGGUCAUUGGGUGUCUUGGUCUUUGAGAUGUGCUGUGGAUGGAGUCCGUUUUACGCAGAUGACACCCAGCAGAUGUACAAGAACAUUGCGUUUGGAAAGGUCCGCUUCCCUCGGGACGCAUUGAGUCUUGAGGGGAGGAAUUUCGUCAAGGGUCUUCUUAACCGAAACCCAAGGCACCGUCUGGGAGCUACCCAUGAUGCUAAAGAGCUCAAGUCGCACCCCUUCUUCGCCGACAUUGACUGGAACCAGUUGCUGCACAAGAACGUCAUUCCUCCGUUCAAGCCCACGCUUAGCUCGGAGACUGAUACUUCUAACUUUGACCCUGAGUUUACAAAUGCGCCCAUGUCACAGUCACUCAAUGCUCGUGCGCUUGCGAUGGCUGGCGGAAACAUGGCGAGCACGCCGCUGUCUCCGGGAAUGCAGGCUAACUUCCGGGGUUUCACCUUUGUGGAUGAGAGCAGUAUGGAUGAUCAUUUCCUGGGACGGGAUGAGCUAGCGCGUAUGGAUGAAGACGUUGAGGAUUCAGAAGACGCCUGGGAUGACAACCAGGACAGGCGGAACAAAGAUGGCAGAGGCUAUGAUGACAGACGGGGUAGCCGUAUGAGUGGCAUUGAGUACAAGAGGGAUGAGGAGAGUGGAAUAUUUGAUAAUGAUGGCAUGGAUAUGUGA